AUGUCUGCAGCUUGCUGGGCUUUGAUUGUGCGCCGGGAGCUCUUGGUUACCUUAAACAGGUUUCCACACUACGGCGAAGCCUCGGUCAAUCGGUUUCAUCGAUUACAGGAGCCGGAGAACAUAUGCGGUAGAUUCAGUACUCCAAGGAUGCCAAAGCGAGCUGCACAGGCUGUGCCAACCUCCACAGCAUCACCGAAUGGGAUUUCAGAGAGCAAGCUGCCUCGAAAUGGGUCACCUCCGCUCCCAAAUCAGAGAACCCUCUUGGAGAAAGCUCAAGCACUGGCAUGGAAAUGUAUCCAUCCAUGGAGAACUUUCCAGAGCCACAAAGACAAACGAAAAAGAAUCAAGAAGCCCCCGGAAAAGAAGCCACCAUUUAAUCUGAGUCUUUGGGGGCUGCUAAUUCUGCUCAUCUUCGAAGUCCUCAUACUCACCGCCCUCGCGGUCCUCUGGGUUCUUACUACGAAGUACAACGGAUUCGUUGAUGUUCCCGAUACCCCAGCAUCAAUAACAGCCUCCAAAAACAUCCACGAAAGACUCCUAUGGAUUUAUUCUCUUCUUUGGACUUCCGUCCCCGCAUUCAUCGUAACAAUGUGUGGAGCGCUUUUUGCAACCACCCUCCGUGCACUGCAGGAUUCUCGGCCAACCAUCGAACUGAGAAGAGCGUCGGAUUCAGGCUCGAAAACUUUUUCAUAUGGCCCCAGAAAAGCUGGGUUUUUAUUGCCAUUCAGGAGAAAAGCUCCAAGUCAUCAAAUAGGGGAGAAAGCGAAGGCAAAGCACACUGUUUUGCUUGACUACGGACGUGACUGGUUUCCGUUUGUCGAUUCAUACCAUGCGUUUCAAAACAAACAUUUCCUCAUCAGCGCGUGCACGAUAGUAAAGUGGUUCUUUGUCGCAAUUGGCCCAUUGGCAGCAGCUAUCAUUUCCAUCGGAAAUGUUCCUUCUUCCAAAGGCAUUGCGGUAACAACCAAUUCCUUUUUCGAUGACAAUAAGAACGUGUCAUCCAGCCGGCUCGCUCUCCAGUCUACCUCGGCCAUCCUGCUCAAUAACGCAAGCUCACAUCCCUGGUCCACGGAUAUGUAUUCUGUUGUGCCCUUCUUCGCAAAUUCCGAAACUCCUGGAAAUCUGUCAGCCGACACCAGGACGUUUUCUGGGACGUUAGACUGCGUCCCUAUUAGCGUUGAGACUCUCCAAAGUGCAGGCAACCUCACUCUGGUCGAUCAAGUUGUUCCUACCUUUAAUUUCGUGGAUCGAGGGUGUCCAGGAAGCACAUUCCUUACGGUAGCCCAAGAUACACCUGUGUACGCGAACACUUUCUAUCUAGAUUGCCCGUACGAAGCUGUACCCAUGAGGCUGGUGCUCCUCACCGGGGUUUACGAAAAUACUUCCAGGUAUCUUCUCGGCAACGUUUCCCUCAUAUCAUGUAUACCGUACUUUUGGAAAUCUAUUUCCCGCGUCACUGUACUAUCCGCUGCCAAUUCACUAGAAAAACCCGGACAGAUUUUGAACAUAGUUGAAGAUAAGUCUUCCGUCAAACAAUGGCUGCCAUCUUUGUGGAGCAGAUGGAUGCCCGAAAUUACCGAAUAUCGGGUUCAAGACCCUCGACUCCUAAUGGAUGCGGAUGAUUUUGGAUUCAUAACAUAUAACUACGCAAUGAAUUCAAGCGGAACGAUCGACUUCGCUCAAGCAAUGAAUAUUACCUUCAGCGUCCUUUUCGCUACUUUCUCCACGUUGGAAGCUUACUCUCCUUUACCGGAGAGUUUCGCUUCCAAUGGAACACUUUCGCGACCUGGGAACAGACUUUUCGUUGUCUUCUUGCCAGCAACGAUCGUCACCUUCGUCAUGGCACUCUCUUUUGUGGUUACUAUAUGGAUUUCAUUUUAUGCCUACAAGCACAGAGUUAUUCUCAAAGAGCAUGUGGGUCUGAUCUUAGGGCACGCACUCUUGUUGGAAGGAAACGACGGGGUCGGCAGUUUUGUCGACGCAGUCAGGGCAGACUUACGAAGACAAGCAGAGGUGGCUAUCAGAGCACCGGAUAAUAAGACAAUCAAGAAAAUUGGGGAAGCUUCCAGUGAUGUGACUGUGAAUCUCCAGAUGGAAAAUAUGAUAAGACAUGGAGAUCUCGUCCAGUACGCGGAGGACUUUGGAAAUUUGAAGGACUGGGACUGCUGGGUAGACGACGAUGGAAAGCUUUGGAUGCGAGAGCCUGCGCCAACAGACAAUUCCACUUAAGCAAAGCCCCGGAAGCGUAUGCUCGGGCAGAUUAUUAGAAAUAAUGCAACACUUUC